UCUCCCACGUAAAAAUGAUUUAUCUAGCCGAAAACAGGUUAUAUCCCACAACAAUAGAAAGUCCACCAACUCUAACCGACAGAUACAACCAGAAUUCAGACCUUUCUAUUUCACCGUCAAUAACAGCUACUCCAAAAGACUUUAGCUACGAGAUAUCACACAGCCUAAUAAAGCAAGAGUGCUUUGACUCUGGACGAGUGCUCAUCCUCAGCUCAAAUAAUCUGUUCUUCAUUUCUCCAAAGCUAUUUGAGGGAUAUGGAAAUAUUUCAUGUCUCAACCUCUCAGGAAAUGGAUUUUCACAGGCACUUAAUGGCACAGAGUUCAAGAUGUUGCCUAAUCUGACAUAUCUGGAUUUAUCUUUCAAUAAGGUCGAUAUGGCCUAUAACGACGCCUUCAAAGAACUAAAGAAAUUACAAGUACUAGACCUCAGUUACAAUCCACACUACUUUAAAGCAUUUGGGGUAACGCUCAAUUUAAAUUUUACACAAAAUCUACCUGUGCUAAGAGUCCUUAAUAUGAGUCAUAAUGAGAUUUCCACACUGACAACAAAAGAAAUGUAUAGCAAAUCAUUAGCAGAACUUAUAUUUACACACAAUAAUUUAGGGAAACUUUGGAAAGACAGGGAUAGCUCAUACAAGAAACUUUUCACUAAUCUUUCUAAUUUGACAAUUUUAGAUAUAUCCUUUAAUGGCAUUGCAAAGAUUCCAGAAGAUGUUUAUGAAUAUUUGCCACGUAACCUCACCGCACUGCGCAUAAGUCAUAACUGCCUCAGCGAUUUUAGCUGGGACAAACUGCCUUUCCACCAACUACAGAGUUUAGACCUGAGCUACAAUCAUCUGUCUACUUUAACAACUAUUAACUCAAACAUCACACAAACUCUGACUUUCCUUGACCUGAGUCAUAAUCACAUUUCCCAAGUGCACAAUGGUUUUUUACAGAGUUUGAAAAGCCUCAGGACUCUCAGCCUUAGAAACAACAAACUUACUAUUGUCAAUCGAACUACCUUCAAAUCAGGACCUGAAUUUCAGACUUUGUUCCUACAAGGAAAUCCAUUCGAGUGUACUUGUGAUUCCAUAGACUUUAUUUUAUGGAUUGAACAGAGUGAUGUAAAGAUCCCAAGACUCACCACUCAGGUGACAUGUAACACACCAGUGAACCAGAGGAACAAAAUACUGAUACGUUUUAACAUUAGUCAGUGUGUAAAUGCGGAAAAGGCAAAGCAGAUCUACGCUCUAACAACUUCUAUCAUUAUUCUUUUCAUGAUUGUUUCAACAGUUGCUCACUUAUUUUACUGGGAUGCUUCCUAUGUCCUACACUAUAUGAAAGCUAAGCUGAAAGGGUACAGAUCCUUGAACUCGCCAGAUACUAUUUAUGAUGUCUUUGUGACAUAUGAUACAAAAGACCCACACGUCUCUGAGUGGGUGAUGAGCAAUCUGCGGGUGCAACUGGAGGAAGAGGGAGACAAGAUACAUCCACUGUGUCUGGAAGAGAGGGACUGGCCCCCAGGAAUCCCACUGGUGGACAACCUCACCCAGAGCAUCCAGUACAGUCGCAAGACUCUGUUUGUCUUAACAAAGGGCUAUGUUAAGACUGGUGCUUUCAAGCUAGCAAUGUAUCUGGCCCACCAAAGACUGCUGGAUGAAAAUGUGGAUGUGAUAGUACUGCUAAUGCUGGAGCCUGUCCUGCAGCAUUCUCACUUUCUGCGCUUGAGGAAGCGACUGUGCGAGAGCAGUGUUGUAGAGUGGCCGCGAACAGCAGCCGCAGAGCCCUGGUUUUGGCAAAACCUGAGAACUGUCAUAAGAGUCGACAAUCAAGUGAUGUACAACAAGACCUAUUCAAAAUACUUCACCACCAAAUGAAGAAGGAUAAUAACAUGAGCUUGUUAAAUAACCAGUGCUUUUAUAUAUCAUUUCUUGUUUGGUCUUUUUAAAGUGUUUCUUCUUUGACUGAACUGUUUUUAAGAACUGGUUUCCUUAUAGUUGUUGAGUUAUUGACUUAUUCAAAAUGCUUCACCACUAAGUGAAGAAGGAUAAUCAUCACUUAUCUGCCUGGGACUGAUUUGUAAUUCUAGUCUGCAGACAAUAACAUGGUCCUGCUUUAAAAUCACUGUUCUUUAGAGCAAUGCUUAUUUGGUUAUUUUAAACGAUUUCUUCUUUGUCUGAAUCUAAUAAGAAAACAAUAAAAAACUAAUUUUCUUAUAUUUGCUGAGAAAGCAUAAUAAAUCUUGUGUAAUCUGUCUGCAGUGCAUUAAUAAAAAAAUAAAAUAAAAUAAAAUGUGUGGCAUUUUGCAGAUGUAGAUUUUAUACUCUAGUCUCUGGUUUCUAUGUUAGAAAACAUCUGUGCUGAGUGACACCAGUACCAGGUUUAACAGUUAACAAAAGAGAAAUUUAGUACAAAAGUGACAGAUCCUAAAUUGCAGUCCAUUAUUAAAAAUCCAUAUCGACACAGUAUGUGUAAUAUAACUUGCAUGCUUUCAUCUGUUAUUUCACAUUUGGAAAUUUUUGAGAUUGUCCGUAAGGUGGUGCAAGUGACACAGUUUUAAUACAGUGCAUUUUGCAAAUUAGCCCUAAAUUCAGUGUCCCACCAAAAAUAAAUCAGUGUGUGAGGCCAUAUAUUACUAAUGUCAUAUUAAUGUCUAAGAAAUAUGUCAUUUUUAAACUCCAUAUUACUUCACAUAAUCUGAAGAACUGACUGGCACUAUGCACUGUUGCUGUGUUUACUGGCAUUCCAGUGUUCAUCUUGGCUGACAAAUAAACUGGCAUUUUUGAAGGAGGGAAAUGAAAAAGAUGCAGUUCUUCAAUUAACGGGCUACUUCCCUCACACAGCUUAUCAUGUAGUUUUAACAGCGUGUUUCUUUUUUAUUUGUCUUGAAGGGAACAAACAGGGUCAUCUGUAACGAAAUCAUUAAUAAAAGACAAGAAACUUUCAAGUCUUACAAUUGAAAAAAAAAUUGAAGCACACUAGCAUAAUUUUCCAAAUUGUCAUUCAGGGAUCAAUAUAGUGGAGAA